GGCGUCGGAGCUUGUUGUUCCUGACGAGCUGUUUGGAGAGUAUAUUAAGUGGGUUGCGAAAGUUGUUUUCUAGAGUCGAGUGUCUAUCCGUGCCUCCGACGAGGCCUUUUUCCUGGGACCACUUCUAAUUCACCAUCAUCAUGUCUUUGUCGAGCAUUCUACCAGCUCCAACCCAGGUGGUUUGGGAUAGGGAAGAUGAGGCAAGGGAAGCCAAAUUGAGACAGCGACCCGUGUCGGCUCUGGUGAAAGCAGUGGUCAGUGCUCCACCCUAUGGACAGCGCAAAGGCUGGAUUCCUAGAAAUGAAGACGACUUUGGAGAUGGAGGAGCGUUUCCAGAGAUUCACGUUGCGCAGUAUCCUCUGGGAAUGGGUGAAAAGGGUAAAGAGACUACAAGCAACGCCCUUGCUGUUCAACUUGAUGCCCAAGGCAAAGUCAAGUAUGACCUGAUAGCAAGACAGGGUCAUUCAAAAGACAAAAUUGUAUACAGCAAGCUGACCGACCUAUUGCCAGCUGAGAUUUUAACCGAAGAUGAUCCAAACAUACAAAAAAGAAGCGAAGAGGAAGCUGAGGAGACAACGGAGAAAACAAAAAGAGCACUGGAAAAAAUUACAGAGAGUAAGAUUGCAGCUGCAAUGCCAGUGAGACGAGCUGAGAAGCAAGGCCCAGCACAGUACAUUAGGUACACUCCAUCUCAGCAGGGUCAAUCAUUUAAUUCCGGAGCCAAGCAGCGUGUUAUAAGAAUGGUGGAAGCCCAAGUGGAUCCAAUGGAGCCACCAAAAUUUAAGAUCAACAAAAAGAUACCAAGAGGGCCUCCAUCUCCUCCCGCACCAGUGAUGCACUCACCUACCAAAAAAGUUACAGUCAAAGAACAGAAAGAAUGGAAAAUUCCUCCUUGUAUCAGUAACUGGAAAAAUGCCAAGGGUUAUACGAUACCUUUGGAUAAGCGACUUGCUGCUGAUGGUCGUGGUCUGCAACAGACGCACAUAAAUGAGAACUUUGCUAAAUUGGCUGAGGCUCUUUAUAUCGCUGACAGAAAGGCAAGAGAAGCAGUGGAGAUGAGAGCCCAGUUAGAGAAGAAAUUAGCACAGAAAGAAAAGGAAAAGAAGGAGGACCAUCUGCGACAACUGGCUGAAAAGGCCAGAAAUGAACGUGCGGGUUUGAAGACUGCAGCAGUUCUAGAUAAGAAUGAAGAAAUUCGCGAUAGAGAGCAAAUUCGUCAGGACCGGCACAAAGAACGUGCACGCGAACGAAAUUUAGCACGAGCUGCUCCUGACAAGAGGUCGCGACUUCAACGAGAACGCGAGAGGGAUAUCAGUGAGCAGAUUGCUCUGGGUAUGCCGGCAAAGAACGUUAACACAACCGGCGAUCAGGCAUUCGACCAAAGAUUGUUUAAUACAACCAAGGGUAUGGAUUCCGGAUACGGACACGACGACGAAUACAACGUAUACGACAAGCCAUGGAGGGACACCAGUUCUAUUGGCUCUCAUAUUUACCGACCUAGUAAAAACAUUGACCAAGAUAAUUAUGGCGAGGAUUUGGAAAAAUUAAAGUCAACGAGCAGAUUUGUACCUGACAAGGAAUUCAGUGGCACAGAUAGAACCGGCGCUGGUCGAUCAGGACCGGUUCAAUUUGAAAAGGAAGAAGAGGAUCCAUUUGGUUUGGAUCAGUUCUUGAAGCAAGCUAAAAGAGCAAGCAAUACCGCUCCAACUACGGCUACCAAGCGCAAGGACGACGGACAUUCUAAAAAAGACGAUAACCGCGAUAAACGGCGUAAACAUUAAGAAUAUAUGUAAAUAGUUUCUACUUUUUAUUUAAGUAUACUUGCAAAAGAAACCAAUACAAAUGAAAUAUUUUAAGUAUUACUCAAAUACUGCGGGCAAGCCUUUUUGUUCAAUAAGGCAUUUGUUGUGUAUUCUUAGUAAAAUUGGUUCAACACGUGGUUUCUGCUAUCCUCAUGUAAAUAUAGCAUUUUCAAAUUUAAGCUAAGAAAUUUAGCUUUUGUUAAAAAGCAGAAAUGGUUUUAAAAGAAUAAAAGAUAAACUUUAUACAUCGAAAA